GCUCUAAUGGUGUCAUUAAACAAAACAACGUUUAACAGUUAGAUACCCGAUUCUUUUCAGGCUGUGAUAUAUAUCCUGGUGUGAUCUGUUUGUGUAUGUUUUAAAGCUGGCUAUGAAACUGGAUUGAGGAAGUGUUUUUAACAGCCAGGUACAGGUAUAUUGUAUAUUGUAUACUGUAGUGUUGAAACCUGACACUAAACUAAACCUGGAGUCGGUGAGUGAAGUGUUUGUACUUCAUGGACUGGUUGACUGUCACAGAGCUCGACUUUAUAUUACAGCUUAUAAUUAUUCAAGACACAGGCAAUGGUGGAGAGAGUUAUCAAAACAACUUUAUAUCUGGAUAACUCUAGCAGAGUAAUGCCUGGCAGCAACAACAUCAUGUAUCAACCGCUACUGCAGACAGCAGCAAGUGAUGGUGACGAUGAGGAUGAGGAUUUCCUCGAGGUAACUCCCAGCGAUGGGUCAGUCCAUUCACGUGAAAAGGGAGACAGGUGUGAUGACAUCGAGCUGGAACUUCUUACAAAGAGUCGAUUCAAACACAGCAAGCAAGAUGAGUACCAGGGUGAAGGUCGCGACAGAGACAGAAAGAGAUGUCUUCUUCUCUCGGCUGUUGUUGUAGUGCUGUGUGUUGUUGUUGUUACUGCUGGUGUUGUCAUGGUGACGCUGUCACAUGAGCCAGACAGUCAGACAAACAGUCAGGAUUGGUCAGUGGUGUUUGAUAAUUCAGCGUCAGAGUCGAGUGUUCAGACUGUAGAUGCUGACGGUGACGGUCUGGAUGAUAUUCUCAUCGGGAUAUCGAAUCCAGCUCUCACUUUGUCUGGGGAUGAACUCACCAAGAAAUAUGGCCGCAUUGAUGAAUUUUGUGCUGAACACAACCUUUCCGCCCCAUGUGUUGGUCUUCUGAUUGCUCUACGAGGCUACGAUGGAAAGGAACUCUGGAGGAGUCCAACUCAUUCAGGGGUCCUGUUUGUCAAAUGCAAUGAGAUUGAUGUAAACCAAGAUGGCCAACCUGACUGCAUUGUUACCGGGAGACACGGGACAACGCAGGCUGUUGACAUCCGAACAGGAAAAUCUCUGUGGUCUGUUGCUGUGGAGACCGAGACGGAUCACUUCAACCGCACGUGGAACACGUUCCAGGCACUGACGAUGUUAGACUUUGAUGGUGAUGGUGUGGCUGAAGUUCUCGUGUCUCACGGUGGUUACCCGUAUGCAGCACCAGCGAACCACCACCGUAUAGCAGGACGGUUAAUUCUGUUGUCAGGAGCAACUGGGAAGCCAAUGGGUCACUUCUUGCCAAUGCCACAAAACAAAGAGACGUACAUGAGUCCUGUGGAGUACAGAGCGCCAGAUGGGUCACACUUCGUCCUGUUCGGAAGUGGGGGAGAAACUGUCCCAGGUGAUUUCAUGGCCGUGUCGUAUGCUGAUCUGUACCAACACAUCAUGGGAUAUUCAACAUGGAAGCCCGUUCCUGGUAUAGAGAACCGCACUGCUGACUCAUGGUGGUCCAGCAUCCCGCGCGGGCCUGGGGACAUCAUCACAAUCUAUAGGGGCCAGGAGAAGGGGAUCAUGAUCCCCCCUGAGCUGGUUGACGUGACAGGGGAUGGCGUUGAUGACAUACUGAUGACAUCGUUCGAGGGGAAGAUGAUCCUGUUUGACGGAAAGACUCUCGACCCAGUGUGGACAGCUUCGUUCCCUGGUAUGGAAUCUUACAGUUCUCCAGCUCCAGGAUAUUUUGAUGAUGAUGAUGUCAUUGACUUCAUGAUGCACUGGAAUGCAGGGGUGUGGCCCGAUUAUGACUUCUCUCUGGUUGUGGUUAUCAGUGGAGUCGAUGGUAAAACAAUUUGGUCGACUCGCACAAUGAAAUACGUCACAUCAUCAGACAUUGUGUUACGUCAGAAACACAGCCACAAUGAUCUGUUUGUUGUCAAGAUGAAGGGCCGGGUCAGCUCUGGAGUCAAAUCACAUCCUAGAGCACACCAUAUUGAUAAACGUCAUUUUGGAGGUGAUGAAAGCAAACAUACAGAGAGUAAUUUAUGUUCUGACCGCGAGUCAGACUAUAGGUCGGACAACGUGUUGUGUGGUGACGACACUGGCUCUCUAGAUGAGGAGGUGAUCGCUGUGGAUGGCGGUGCUGUUAGACAUGCUCCUCGCAUCGUCCUCAUCAAGGCAGACCGGUUCUACUACAGUGUGAAGGCUACAAGGAAUGAAACUUCUUGUAUUCGGCUAGACCCAGUAACACAAUCUGCAAAUGUCUGCACAAUAUUUGAACCAGUUGUGAAAAACACAGACGUUGUAGCUGACGUUGAUGGAGAUGGAAACCCGGACCUCGUCAGUCUGAAUCUGAUGAUGGCGGUGGUGCGCGAUGCCCGAUACAGCUUCGUGCGAGGUCAGUUCCGGGUUGUCGUUUCUAAAACAGACCUGUCACAAGCACUAAGACACAGUGACAUUGUCAGUCUCAAUGUGACGACAACGACAAGCAGCAAACAAAUAGAUGUCAAAGAACACUAUGCGUCUAUCAAAUUUAUUACCAUGUCUCAGCAAAAAUGGACUAGAUAUCUUGGAGCAAAGGUUAAUGGGAAAUAUUAACAUGGUGACUAUGGGUCUAUGGGUCUACAUCCCAACAAAGAUGAACUGGGUACCUUGGAGCAAAAUUCAGUGGGAAAUACUAAUAUGGUCACUACGGGUCUAUGACAUUUACUACCAUGUCCCAGGAAAAAUGGACGGGGUAUCUUCAAAGGUCAAUGGGAAAUACUAAUAUGGUGACUAUAGGUCUAUGAAAUUUACUACAAUGUCCCAGGAAAGAUGGAUGGAGUAUUUUCAUAGGUCAAUGAGAAAUACUAAUAUGGUGACUAUGGGUCUGUGAUAUUUACCACAACGUCCCAGGAAAGAUGGAUGGAGUAUCUUCAAAGGCUAAUGAGAAAUACUGGUGUGGUAACUAUGGAUCUACAAACUGUAUUCCAAUGUCCUAGCAAAGAUGGACUUGAUAUCUUGAGUCAUUGGUUAUUGGGACGUACAUGUAGUGGUCUAUAAAAUUAUACCCAGGUCCCAGCAAAGGUUGACUGGGUAUUUUGUGUCAAGGGUUAAUGGGAAAUAAUACAGUGACUGUACUGUGUUAUUUAGUCCAGUCACUGUCAGUACAUAUAAAAGAUCCUUACUGCUCAUGUGGUGUCAGCAAGUUUUUACACAUUAUUUUGUAUCUCAUUUACAAGAUGAAGUGUCACAACAUAUAAAGAGAUUUGGCACUGAUUAAACAAUGUGUUGUUGGAGUUUACCAAAUAUAGUGGAAAUCCCUUGUGGUUAAGCAGACAACAUGUAUCAGUAUUGAAUUCAGACCUCAGCCCAGUUUGACAAAACAUUGUAAGCCUAAUUUUGCAUGUAGACAUAAAUCUACAACUAAAACAAUUCUUAUUGCUAUCAUAGUACAACAAAUAUAGUUUUAAGUACACAUAUUUCAUUUUCUUUUGUCCUUAAAAUGCUCCAUCUUCCGUAAUGGUGUAAUUUUCUGUGUGAAAUAGAUGCCAUACACAUGUAAACGAUUGCCCAGUAUAACUGCUAGAUGCAGACGUGAACUUAUGAUGUUUGGUCAAAUUGGCCCCUGUUCUAUAGCUGCUGUAUGUAUGAAGUGUGCAACUGAUAGUUUGGUUUGGUGCGAUGGUUGGAGAUUUCCUUGGCCUUGCAUACUAUCGCAUUAAAAUGAGAUUUUUUAGCUAUGUCUUUGAAAUCAGUAGCAGUUUAAGAGGGUUGCUAAAGGAGCCUGGGCACACCCACCUGUUCUUCAAUGGUCUACUUACUUGAAACAAAAUGUUUAUUGAAUUUUGCAGUAAUUUGACCUCAGAAUACAAUAACAAAAAAAACCCCACCCUACAUUUUGCAGACUUGUGAAAUCCAAACCAAAGUUUCUUCAAAUAAAGAUUCAGAUAUUCACAAAUUGUUUAGUAAAUAAUGGCAACAGCCUUCAGAUGUGAAAUAUCUAUGUAGCAUGUCAUACGUUCUUAAUAAUUAAAUGUGUAAAAUUAAAAUGAACUUGAUUAUAGUGGAAUAAUAUAAUCAUGUUCAUUUUCAAUAUUUACUGUUUAAUUUUAAUUUAUUUACCUCAUUCACUACAAUGUUUAUAACUUUUAUGAAAAUAUUAGACUUACCUACCUACAUGCUAUUACUUUGACUAAACAACUACAUGUAGAAAUUUUUAUAGUCAACAAUUAGGAGUAAUAUUUUCACUCCUAGUUUUGUUUUUGAAAUAACAAUUUAAACCAUUUUAAAUGGGAGUCCAUCAGCUUAUCAUCAAAUGUGUAACAAUAUUGAAAUUUAAUUGUUGCUAAUAAGUAAAUUAUUCAGUGUGUAUGUCAUGAUAAAUAAAAUUAAUAAUAAAAUUAUAUUUUUAUACAUUCUAUUUAUUUGUAAAAUUGUUGAUAUCACCAGAAAAUCUCAAACAUACAAAUAUAGUUUUAUUUAUUCAAGAUACCCAUUUGAAAUGUUUUUAUUAUUAUAUUUAUAGAAUUUUAUUUCUACCAUGUGCCUGAUAUGGAGAGUCAUAAUUAUUUUAGAUGGGAUUUCGUGUUGUAUUUUUGAUAUUACUGUCAUUGCUAAUGCUUGUGUUUGUAUUGGAUGUUGAAAAAUGUGUUUGCUUUCUCUGUGGAGGUUUUACACAUCACAGACUGACUGAAAUAAUGUUGUCUCUCAAGUGUGGCAGAGAAAAAUGUGUUUGCUUUCUCUGUGGAGGUUUUACACAUCACAGACUGACUGAAAUAAUGUUGUCUCUCAAGUGUGGCAGAGAAAAAUGUGUUUGCUUUCUCUGUAGAGGUUUUACACAUCACAGACUGACUGAAAUAAUGUUGUCUCUCAAGUGUGGCAGAGAAAAAUGUGUUUGCUUUCUCUGUAGAGGUUUUACACAUCACAGACUGACUGAAAUAAUGUUGUCUCUCAAGUGUGGCAGAGAAAAAUGUGUUUGAUUUCUCUGUAGAGGUUUUACACAUCACAGACUGACUGAAAUAAUGUUGUCUCUCAAGUGUGGCAGAGAAAAAUGUGUUUGCUUUCUCUGUAGAGGUUUUACACAUCACAGACUGACUGAAAUAAUGUUGUCUCUCAAGUGUGGCAGAGAAAAAUGUGUUUGAUUUCUCUGUAGAGGUUUUACACAUCACAGACUGACUGAAAUAAUGUUGUCUCUCAAGUGUGGCAGAGAAAAAUGUGUUUGCUUUCUCUGUAGAGGUUUUACACAUCACAGACUGACUGAAAUAAUGUUGUCUCUCAAGUGUGGCAGAGAAAAAUGUGUUUGCUUUCUCUGUAGAGGUUUUACACAUCACAGACUGACUGAAAUAAUGUUGUCUCUCAAGUGUGGCAGAGAAAAAUGUGUUUGAUUUCUCUGUAGAGGUUUUACACAUCACAGACUGACUGAAAUAAUGUUGUCUCUCAAGUGUGGCAGUGAAAAAUGUGUUUGCUUUCUCUGUAGAGGUUUUACACAUCACAGACUGACUGAAAUAAUGUUGUCUCUCAAGUGUGGCAGAGAAAAAUGUGUUUGCUUUCUCUGUAGAGGUUUUACACAUCACAGACUGACUGAAAUAAUGUUGUCUCUCAAGUGUGACAGAGAAAAAUGUGUUUGCUUUCUCUGUAGAGGUUUUACACAUCACAGACUGACUGAAAUAAUGUUGUCUCUCAAGUGUGGCAGAGAAAAAUGUGUUUGCUUUCUCUGUAGAGGUUUUACACAUCACAGACUGACUGAAAUAAUGUCUCUCAAGUGUGGUAGAGAAAAAUGUGUUUGCUUUCUCUGUAGAGGUUUUACACAUCACAGACUGACUGAAAUAAUGUUGUCUCUCAAGUGUGACAGAGAAAAAUGUGUUUGCUUUCUCUGUAAAGGUUUUACACAUCACAGACUGACUGAAAUAAUGUUGUCUCUCAAGUGUGGCAGAGAAAAAUGUGUUUGCUUUCUCUGUAGAGGUUUUACACAUCACAGACUGACUGAAAUAAUGUUGUCUCUCAAGUGUAGCAGAGAAAAAUGUUUCCCUGGAAAUUAUAUACUAAAAACUAAUUUGGCACAUUCGCCUGAUAAAUAAUAAUUUGCAGAAAUGAUUUGAUAAAUUAAUGUACUAAGAAUGAUUUGAUAAAUUAAUGUACUAAGAA